AAAAGUCCUGCCUCCUGCCUCUCGGCGCAAGGAGACGCUAAAAUUCCAUGUCCUGCAGGGGGUCGACUAGCGGACCUGGACGUUAGCGGCAUUGCAUUGCAUUACUUUCGGCCGUCUCUACCCAGACGACCUUUCCCGUAUAUUUAUCUGCGAAGCCAUGACUCCCCUCAAUGUUCGGCCUCGCAGGUGGUAGACCGAAGAGACACUGGCGAUCCAUCACUUGAUACCCAUCUCGUGGCAGGUGCACUACCACGAUUGAGUGAACCCUGCCAUCGGCAUGUCAUGAUGGGCGCCGGAUCGUCUCCUGAACCCACCCCCGAGCUCGACUGAUUGACUUGACCACACACACCAUGGAGAAUACUCCACCGCGACCCAAAUCCGCCGGGACCAGCAUACAAUACCAAGCCGGCAACCCGGCUGCUGCCCCAAUACCAAUGUCUGUACCUGUCCAUGCCUCAGUGCCAGUGCCAGCGCCAGUACCAGUCCCGGUACCUGCCAUAACCCAACUCCAGACCAGGAAAAGAAGCGGUUCAGGUGGUGGACUGCUGUCCAGGUUUCCUUUCAUGCGCACCUCCGACAGCAAGUCAAACUCAAGCCUCAAGGAAUCGAGACAUAUCGACAUUGCCGAGGAGGCCCUGAGCAGGCCGACCCGCGCCCUGGCCCCAGUAGAGAAUGGCCAACAGCCCAAGACGCGCAGGAGGAAGGGCUCCCUGCGCAAAGUCGCCCUACUAGGUCGCGGCAUGCAGAGGGAACGGAGGGAGUCCAAAUCCUUGGUUGUAGACACGACAGGCCAAGCCCACUCCAGCAGACCAGCCGACACCGCCCGGAAUGCCGCGGACAAGGUAGAGCUUGUGACAAGCCCCGCGCCUAUCGAACAAAUUGGCCUGGGAGUACAUCUCGGAACGUCAGACGACACGCCUCGACCAUCUAUUGACGGCUACGCACGCCGCGCCGAUGUGCCUGCACGCUCACCACCACCACCAGCGUCGGCCCCGGAGUCGCAAGGUACUAGCCCCGACAUCUCCUACAUCUCGACCACCGACGAAGAAGACAUAAUACCAUCGAGGCAACACAAUGUGGCACCUCUGCGUGCCGCCCUCACCAACCUCUCCUCUGGGUCCGAAUCCUACCUGAAGCCUGCUCGCGGGCCGUCUCUGUCUAUCCAACGGCGACGCUCCGUGAAGCAUGCCAAAUCGCCGCUUUCUUUGCAAGGGUUAGCUGCUUCACCCCUGCCGGCGCCCGACGAGGAAUACGACUACAGCGAAACGGAAUGGUGGGGUUGGGUCAUCCUAGUUGUGACCUGGGUUGUUUUUGUGAUAGGCAUGGGGAGCUGUCUCGGGGUUUGGAGCUGGGCAUGGGACGUUGGGACCACCCCUUACGCGCCUCCUGAGCUCGAAGACGACCCGACCUUGCCUAUAACUGGAUACUAUCCAAGCUUGAUGAUUUUGACGUGUAUAAUGGCCUGGGUCUGGGUAGUCACGGCAUGGGUUGGCAUGAAAUAUUUCAGGCAUGCCAAAAUUAGUGGCGAUUGACGAAAGGACUAAUGGAAAAACGAAUGGGAACGAGCGGCUGGCAUAUACCCCUUGAACGAAUGAUUUUAAAGACACCACUAUUUCCUUCCUUAGCAGCCCGCUUUCUAACGGAUUGCAGCUGUUUUCUCAUGAUGAAAGUCUGCUUUUCCUCGUGAUUACGCUUCGUACUAUGUUGAUGACAAAUAUUAUGUCAGGUGUAGGAAGCUCCUGGACUAGUACUCAGAGUUUCGAGAGCCGUUCAAAGAAGUUUAGGUAAGUGAAUGGUCUGGGGAUGGGGGGAUACUUUAAAUGGCACACUGCCGUUCAGAAUAAGCAGCCAUGAGCAUAGUGAUAUAAAAUUGUCAAAUUGGACAGACCAAAUCCAGAGCCUGAUUAAGUUGAAAUAUUAGUUAAGUAUAUAC